UUGUGUAUCAAGAGGAUGGAAACUUUGCUUCAGCAGCUGACCCAUGGCAAUGGUCUGCUCCUCAUCCUUAUUUUGGGAUUUGGAGGUAGCUUUCAGCAUGGCUACCAGAUCACUGGACUGAGCUCUCCUUCACCAUACAUACAGCGCUUCAUCAACAGCAGCUGGUACGACAGAUAUAAAGAGCCUCCACCUCCGCAGACGGUCACAAUGAUCUGGUCUCUUAUUGUAUCCAUGUAUGCUGUCGGGGGACUCUUUGGUGCCGGCAGUGUCAAAUUCAUCUCAGGCUUGAUGGGCAGAAAAAAAGCAGUGAUCUGCAACAGCUUCAUCACUGUCGCUGCAGCAGCGAUCAUGCUGACAAGUAAAAGUGUCGGUUCUUUCGAAAUGAGCAUUGUGGCGAGAAUCAUAUAUGGCUACUCAGCAGGCUUGGGAUUGAACACACAUUUGAUGUAUCUUGGGGAGAUUUCACUCAGAAAGAUAAGAGGGAUAGUGACUCUGACCUCGGCCAUUUUUACAGCACUUGGCAAACUGUCUGGGCAGCUUUUAGGGUUAAGUGAGCUCCUUGGUCGUGAGGACACGUGGGACAUUCUCCUCUGCGUUCCUGCAGUUUUCUCAGUGGUUCAGAUUGUGGUGUUGCCUUUUUUCCCUGAGGCGCCAAGAUAUUUAUUCAUAGAGAAAAGAGAUGAUAAGGCAUGCAAAAAAGCUCUCCAGAGUCUGUGGGGCCAAGGUGACUACACACAGGAAAUGGAUGAGAUGUUGACUGAGCAGGCAGCCAUUGAAGCAGCCCCACAAGUGAGCCCCUUGCAGCUGUUGAGAGACAGGACUGUCCGAUGGCAACUCAUCACCAUGUCCACCAUCUACUGUUGCAACCACCUGUGUGGCAUGUCUACAGUCAGUACCUUCUCUUUUGACAUCUUCCUGGAGGUGGGUAUACCAAAAAAGAAGAUCCGCUACAUUACUCUUGGUCUUGGAGUGGCUGAAAUCCUCACCUCAGUCGCCUGUGGUCUUCUUAUUGAGCACACAGGGAGAAGACCAUUGCUGUGGGGAGGUUAUGGUGUCAUGGCUGCUUGCUGGGUAUUUGUCACUGUCACGCUCAACCUGAAGGAUUUCAGCUACUGGGUUCCAUACAUUACCGCCAGUUUGAUGGUCAUUUUCAUCAUCUUCUUUGGUGGAGGACCUGGAGGAGUCACAAGUACGAUCAACAGUGAUGUCUUCAUUCAGUCUAAUCGAGUGGCAGCACUUGUCCUCAUGGGGUUGUUGCGAUGGUUUAUGUUUGCAGUGCUGGGCCUAGUCUUUCCAUUCCUUAUCAACGCUCUCAGCUCGUAUUGCUUUCUGCUGUAUGCCUGUGCGUGCAUGCUGGGCAGCCUGUAUAUGUAUUUCUUUUUGCCUGAGACUAAAGGCAAGACCCUGCUGGAGAUCUCAGAGGAGUUUAAAGCCAUCACGCUCUGUGGGAAAUCCUUUGCAGAGGAAAAGAGAACUGAGACCAAGUUAUGA